UUCAACAUAUUGAAGGCACCCUACUGGUGGACAAGCCUGCUUUAUGUGGUACCUGCCUUUCUGUGCCUCUAGAUGGAGAUCCUAUCCAUUUAACUCAGCCCUUUAGAGGUAACUGUGGGAUGCUUCAAUAGGAGCUCCAUUUUGCUUUUCAUACUCUAUAGACCAAAAAUUACUUUGUUCUCCGAUUCCUGAGUUAUAAAACUAUUUUGAUCUUAACAACUGGAGUUCUGGACACACACUCCUCUUAAAACUUACCUGAAAAAAGGAAAGAAAAUGCUAUUCUGGUCUAGCUUUCUACAAAGUGUCCUGAAUUAUUUACUUUGCCUGGAAUGUAGUGGUGAAACCCUCUGUCCUUUCAGUUGCCAUUCUGCAAACCCACUCCAAGAAGUAAGCACCUCUGACAAGCUGUGUGCACUGUUGCAGGUGGGACUCAGAAGGAAUUAUAUGAACUGUUGUAUUCAGUCACCUUUGCCAUACGGGCAACCAUAUGAUAUGGUUCCAUCAGAGCACAGAGGAAAGCUUUGCCAUAACUUCACCAAGACACUUGACUAUUUGCUUGCUGGUUUGAGACCAAGGGUUCUUUACACACAAUCCUAGCAAGAAUAAGGAGACACAUAAGUGGAAGUAUAUCCUCUAGUCCAGGAGGUAAAACCCCCUUUUUGUAGAUCAAAACCAGUUAGAUAAAAACAUGCCUAUUAAGCAUAUUUUUCAGGUUUGCCCAAUGCAUCAAGAUGCUGAAUUUAGCUUGUAAUGAUGUCAGCUGCCCAAAGACAGAAUGCAAAUUCUUUCUUGAUUACACAGGUCCUGAAAAACAAAGACAUAUCUGUAGCCAAGACCAUACUUACAGAAAGAUAAUUAAGUGCCCUAGUACCAGUGGGCAACUAAUAGCAUAGCAAGAGUAGUAGUAAUGACAACAGCACCAAUAUAGUAGAAAUACAUAAUUAUCAAGACCAUAGAGGAAAAACUGCUUCUUUUUUUGCUAUUUCCUGAAACGAGAUGUAUUAUGCUGUGGUUGUUUGGUUUGUUUUUUGGGUUUUUUUUUUCUAUGCUGCUUAUAAUUUUCUCUGUGUAAUUUGGAAUACAAACCAGUUGGGCUUGUGGCACUGUAUUUGUCAGUUUUAGACUAUAAGAAGAGCAGUGAGUAGGAUUUAGUUAAUAGCUGUACAAAUCCUCAGACCCUAACAAUAGCACUGAGGCAGCGAUAUUGAUGCUAGCACUGCCACCUACUCAUGUACAGUUCCCUGCUGACUUUGGGUGGGUAUUUUUAUUUUUGCUUUAUUUCAGUUGUUGUUAGUGGCACAAUGUUAGUUUGCUUUUGUUAAUUCUCUACAACUCUGAUCUACUUGUUUCAAGAUUUAUUUUGCCCUUAGGUACCCUUCAGGAUGAGAUGGGGGAAAGUAGAUCCAGACAGGCCCACAGAAUAUCUUUUUUUGUAGGAUAUGUGUUGAUUGAGAAAAACAAAAAUACAUGAAAAUAAGAAGAAUAGACCACACCAAGGCAGCAACACUUUGCAAAGAUGUUUCUAGUUUCAAACAGAUUGUAGAAAGUAGCUCAUGUGGUGAAGAUUUUAGUCUGGUAUUUGGGAAUUUUCUGAAAUGCAUUUUUUACUAAAAGCCCAGACUAGAUCUGUAAUCUCUCUUAAAGUCUGUAAUAAAUCCUAACUAAUGUACCUAGUAUAUUUGUCACAAGCUUAGAGGUUUUGUUUCUCUCUUUUUUUUCACACCAUGGCUUUAAAUGGUGCCAGGAAGGAAUUUAGAAUCAAACCCAGUACAGUUCAGGAUGAAAAUCAGUUCAGGAACAAAAAUUAAACCUAUUAUUGCUACAGCAAAAGUCAAAUCCAUUUUACAUAGAUUCAGACUGGAGAGGAACUGGAUCAAAGAGGGGAAGUUAAAAAAGCAAAAUUUACUUCUGUUUGAGAUUUGAGUGCUGAAAAGCGUUGAGUAGCAAUGUACAUAGGUUCCUGGGUUAAUGCCAUUUAAAUCACAAAUAUAACUUUCAGGUACAGAUCAUUUGUUGUUUCUUUCAUGUCUUGACCUUUAUAUGCUUUCAGAGGAUUAAAAAAAAACAUUAAAUCCUUACCAUAUUUAACUUGGCAAUAGGCACAAUACAGAGGAAGGAUUUGUCUAACAAACUUUGACAGGCAUGGUGUAUCAGCCAUUUUUAAAAAAACAUAUACAACAUUUCUACAGUUUGUUUUGUGACAAAUGCUGGAGAUCUAUUCCAAAUUUGAAAUUACAAUGAUUGCUACAAGAUUCAUCUGUACCAAAGGGGUGGGAUCCUGUCAGGGCAAGUAGAAAGCACAGUCAGCAGAAUGCAAUACCUAAGUAGCUACUGUUUGAUUUUUUAGCCAGUGUCCAAGAAACAAAAGAUGAAGAAAUAGAUCCAUUUGACGUUGACUCAGGAAAAGAAUUUUCUAAUUUUGAGGAUCAUGAUCCUAAGGGAUCAUGCAGUCCUUGUCCCUUCUCCUUGUCCUCCCAUUUCUGCAGGCCUCCUCCUCAGGGUCUGCAAUAGAAUAGGAUGAAUAACCUCGAUGGCAUCAUUUUGCUUUCUCACACUCACCACGGUUCCCUUUUACAAUGAACCAGCCUACAGAUGUCAACCACCAGACCUCUGUUUUGCUGUUCCAAGCAACUACUAGGGAGGCUUAAGUGAUAACUGGGUAUCUUGUUAGCAGAGCAGAAAUGAAUAACUCAACAUAUAUAAACUCUUCCACUGAAAAUGUGAUGGCUUUGGAGAGCCCCUAUAAAACUGUUGAGGUGGUCUUCAUCGUCCUGGUAGCAGGGUCUCUCAGUCUAGUCACCAUAAUUGGCAACAUCCUGGUCAUGGUGUCGAUCAAAGUCAACAGGCACCUGCAGACUGUCAACAACUAUUUCCUGUUCAGCUUGGCUUGCGCUGACUUGAUCAUCGGCAUCUUUUCCAUGAACCUGUACACCCUCUACACUGUGAUAGGCUACUGGCCCUUGGGGCCUGUGGUGUGUGACCUCUGGCUGGCUCUUGACUAUGUGGUCAGCAAUGCCUCUGUAAUGAACCUCCUCAUUAUCAGCUUUGACAGAUACUUCUGUGUCACCAAACCUCUGACAUAUCCUGUAAAGCGGACCACCAAGAUGGCAGGCAUGAUGAUUGCAGCUGCAUGGGUGCUGUCCUUCAUUCUGUGGGCCCCUGCAAUUCUCUUCUGGCAGUUCAUUGUGGGAGGAAGGACUGUCCCAGAUGGAGAUUGCUACAUCCAGUUUUUUUCUAAUGCUGCUGUCACUUUUGGUACUGCCAUUGCAGCUUUCUAUUUGCCUGUUAUCAUCAUGACUGUCCUUUACUGGCAAAUCUCUCGAGCCAGUAAGAGUCGGAUAAAGAAAGGGAAAAAGGAAGCUGCCCAAAACCAAGAUACAGUUUCCCCCAGCCUUGUCCAAGGUAAAAUAGUGAAACCAAACAAUAACAACCUCCCAACCAGUGGGGAUGGGUUGGAGCACAGCAAAAUUCAGAAUGGAAAAACCACUGGAGAGACUGUGACAGAGAACUGUGUUCAAGGGGAGGAGAAGGAGAGCUCCAAUGACUCCACCUCUGUCAGUGUGGUUGCUUCCAACAUGAAAGAGGAUGAAGCUGCCAAAGAUGCCAGCCAGGCUUCCGCAUCCCAAGACCAUCUCAAAGCAGAGAACUCCAAGCUGACGUGCAUCAGGAUAGUCACCAAGUCCCAAAAGAGUGACUGCUGUGCACCCACCAACACUACCGUGGAGAUUGUAGGCACCAACGGGGAGGAGAAGCAGAAUAGUGUAGCACGGAAAAUCGUCAAGAUGACAAAGCAGCCAGCCAAAAAGAAACCACCUCCUUCUAGAGAGAAAAAAGUGACAAGGACUAUUUUGGCUAUCCUCCUGGCCUUCAUCAUCACCUGGACCCCAUACAACGUGAUGGUGCUCAUCAACAGCUUCUGCACAUCCUGCAUCCCCGGCACUGUGUGGACCAUAGGUUAUUGGCUUUGCUAUAUCAACAGCACCAUCAACCCUGCUUGCUAUGCCCUCUGCAAUGCUACUUUCAAGAAGACGUUUAAGCACCUUCUUAUGUGUCAUUACAAGAAUAUAGGAGCUACAAGCUUUCUUGUCCAGGGCACAAAGACUGAAUAUCAAAGGAAGUUGUAAAUUCGAAGAAAGGUCUCAUCCAGUCAGCCACUACAGUGGCCAAACAGAGGGCCUCAGGUGAAGAAUAAGAACAAGGUUAUUACUAGGAAAAUGGAGGGAAGCUAAAUCCUUUUAAAAUCUGAUGUACAAAUGAAGAGGUUUGCUGAGGCUCCACAGAAUGAAUAGUUAAUAUUGGAUGACCGUGCUCUUGAGCAGUCAAAAGAUGAUUCACAUUUAUUGAGGAAAUGAACAAGACGGACUGACAUGCCCACAUGGAUCAAGCUCUGCCUAAGUCCUCAGUGUGAAACCAGUGUCCUUCCUGGGUGUAUCCUGGACAAGAUGUUUACUUUGUGGAAAAGAUAUUGGCUAUAUUGCCUUUUGUACCAGCUGGGAGCAAUAUUUUGACUGUAAGCCAAGGGAUAACACUAAUAAAAAGGCAGAGAGGAAAACAGUGAAUUCACAAAACCAGAUACUGAAAUAGUCUGGAUGGGAGGCUGGCAGGGGUCAAGUUCAAAUAUUACCUGCUACUCCAACCAGUUCAAAUUCAGAUUCUCUCUGCCUGGUAACGAAUUUACUAUUUCAAUAUUUGAUAUUUACUGUAGCACUGAGCGGACAGAAGAAAGUGUAUCAGAUGACUGAAAAUAGCAAUUGUCUGCGAGUUAUGCAUAUUCUAGUUACCUCCUUCUUAGUAACUCUAACUUCCAGGCACUAGGGAAGGUAGACCUACAGGUUUUAUUACCCAAAAAAGUAGCUUGCUGCAUAGACAGUGUCCUAAGAGACUGUCUUCUGGAUUGAAAGCCACCUACCAAGUAGGACACCAAAUCAUUCUGUUAUUUCAUGCUACCACUUUAGAGUCUUCCAAAAUGCACUGCAAAAUAGCAGCCUUCAAGAUUACAGGGAAAUUAAUCUUGCAGACUUAACUUUUACAUUUGACGAGCUUAUUGAAACACAGUGUCAAAGCACUUUGGCAAUAUGACAAUUUUCAUGUUUCGAAGUACAAAUUCCUAGCAGAAGGUGAAAAUGAGGAGGAUUAAACUGCAGUAAAUUAAGGCCACAUUAAUCUCAGGAUUAAUGUGUCUUAAUAUGCAUUCAUUGAUUUUAGACCCCUAGUGAUUUCAUUCUAAUAUAUCUAAGUGUCUCCAUACAGCCAAGGGUCUAAUUUUGCAAUCCUUACUCACCUUGAGUCAUAUCUACUAUACUAUUUUCAUCUUCCUGCUUGUAAGGAAGAAUAAUUCAAUGAUAAGGCUUGCAAAAUUGAGUGCUGCUUGUCUUUUAAAACUACAUUCACCAGGCUUAUCUUGACAGGUCAGAGGAAAGAUUUACAUGAUCAUUUCUACUUCAUUCAUCCUUCUACAGUGUUAAAAAAUUCAGAUAAAAACCAAAGAUAAAAUGAAAUCUGUUCAUCUGUUAAUUUCAUUUUCUUUAGAAAAGUUUCAUAAAAGGAACACACCUGCUUCUUUCUUUCAGCAAGUGCUAUGGGUAUCAAUAGUACAGGUACUCAAAUUGGGAAAUAAUGGUUUGUAUAUUCUUAUCUAAUCUUUUAGGUCCAGUUUUCCAACAGGUGUGCAAAGCCUUUAUUCUGACCUUUGAAACUGUCACUUGUUUAUAAGUUAUGAAACCUUCUAACAGCUAGGGACACUUCUACAAGUUAAAAAGUGCAAAUUAGAGAUUACAAUUAUACGUUUUCGACACUCAAAAUAGCAUGCAAAAAAAAAAUAAAUUUGGGGCCAAUAUUAUGAAACAAACAAAAAAACCCCCAAACCUUGAGUUUGAAGCUUUCAAGCACUUUUCUCUAGCACCAUUCCCCACUUUUGAUCCUAAAGGAUAGCAUGCUUUGGUUUGUGUUAUAGUACAUUUAAAAGGCUCGCAGGACACACAAUUGUGAGUUUCCACCUUGUACCAGUUCAAUAAAAAAAUAUUCCCAUGGUACAUCCACAUUCACAGCCAACUACACAAUGUAAAAGUAGAUGACAUAAUGCACCUACACAUGUAUGCACAGGCAUGCAAACACACACCCCAAAGUGAUUUAUAUACAUGGAAAAUAUUCACAUAACUCUCAAGAUAUUGCAUGGGGUUUUGUCUGUGUUGCACUCGUUGGGAACUGGUGGGAGGUGCAGAGCCAACAGUUACUCAUGACACUGUCUACCCCUUCCACAAGGCAGAGAGGAGGCAGAGCCUGCCCUGAGAUACUGGGAACCUCGUGGGUCUUCAGCUGAUUGUGGCUUAUUAAAAAAAAAAAAAAAAGGGGGGGGGAUAAUCUUUCCAAGAUGCAAAAUAGUUUGUUCUUUUGAACAUCUUUUGAGCUUUCAUGUCUUUCCUUUGUGUCCCAAACCACGUUCACCAGGUUUCACUUCCCUUCUGAGUGAUAGUUCUGCAAGAUCUAGAUGUCGGUCUUGAAGAGCAGCGCUCCCUGGGUACCUCCUCCAGCUUCCCCAGCUGUCACCUGCGCCCCGUCGCCCACAAGGCCCCAGGUGCUGCUGGUGCUGCCACAUCUUCACCUUGGGCUUGGCCGGAGGAUCCCAGCGGCAUGUCCACACCAUGUGCUGUGCUGGCCACUUUUGUUUCACACAGAAAUUGAGCAAACUGUGCAGGUGAUGCAUGAGAAAAAUAACAGAAAACAAUGACAAAAAACUACAGCUAGCACUUCUUGCCCUUUCCUUUUCUUCCUCUUAAUUAUUUCCAGAAACAAGCUAAAACGGAAAAGGCCCACCCAAUCUUUGGCAGCAACCCUGCUGCAGCAGGAUCUGUCAUGUCGGCAGCUCAUGGGGAGUGACUGGUACUGUCACGGGCUGGUCCUACCUUCACUCUCCAGGGAGAGAACAACAGCCUGAAGAUAAGUCCAUCCAGCUGGCACCUUUUCUGAGCCUGAAAGGCAUCUGUGGUUUAAAAAAUAAAAAGAGAGGGAGGAAAAGAGAAAGAAAGAGAAAACCUGAAGUAAUGUUGAGGAAUCUGUUUUCCAGCGAGGACUAAACCUAACAAAAAUUUUUGUCAGACUUCUUUCUGUUUGGGAUUUUCAUUUGAUUUACUAGGAUUCAUGAGGAUCUGUUCAGAGAUAGCAAAGUGUUUGAACAUUGCCUGAUGAAAAAUCAUCCAAAGGCAACAAACACUUCUAUAUAGGUCAGAUUACUUUUCUUUCUUUCUUACCUCACAAACGCUCAUGGGGAUAGAAGUAAUCAAAUAGACCCCAGGGAUCAGUUGUUUGACAUCUACAAAGCACGAAGGGGGCAAAAGCAAGUGUUAAAUCUAUCACACCUCUGUUUUAUAUUUUUCUGGUGGAGGAAAAUGUAUUUACAGAGGAGGCAUCUUUAGUGAGCGUGGCCAUGGUGAGAACAGCCCACACAUCGGUGAGAAAACCUUCAGGGUGGCCCAGCUGCUCCUGGCCAUCCCGGCCAGGCCAGGAGCACAAGGGAAUGGGCAUUUUUUUUGUUUGUGUUCUUAUCUCCUGAUGGAUUUGAAUGUGUCCAUGUGUCUGCUUUGCAGUGGGCCUUCCUAGUAAACUCACUGCCCCCUUCUCCAGUUUUGACUGAUUUUGAUCCCAGUUCUUCAUUCCUAUGGAUGCAACAGCUGCCCCAGUGCUGCCUGGGGAUACAGGUCCUGGUUUCGCCUGUGGUGCUGAGGUGGCACACUUUGAAUUUUUCACUUCCACUGACACCACUUCCCCUUGCCACUUCUGUUGCCAAAAAAUGGUCCUGGCCUUGCAGUAUAAAUGGGUAAAGCAUCCUCACAGCCGUCAUGCUGCAAAGCUGAUGUGAUGCAGCUGGGGCAGGCAGGAAGAGUGCUGCUGAUUUUUGUUUUCCCUUCCUCCCCUUACAAUAAUUCCUAAAAAUCUUUAUUUUUUUUGACAAAUCAGGAUGCUUCUUGUGAGAAGCUAAAGUCUUAGGAAAGAAACAGCAAGAAAACAAACUUUCUUUCUCUGUGUGGGGAGUGUUUGCUGACAGGUAGUGGGUUUGGACUCUAAUGCUUUUGAUAUUUUUUAAAGAUCACUUCCUAGAUGGCUCUGUGCUCUCAACUGACAGCAGUGCAAGUGGUAAAAGUUGAGAAGCAAAAAGUAGGUGUUUUACAUCCCUGGCUCUACAGAUGUUUUAUAUAACAUGUCCAGAGACAUUUGCUAGGGUGCAAUUUCGAUACAGUAUUGCUUUUAUUUCUCUUGUAUAUCAUGAAAAGCUCUAGACUUUAAAGAUUUUUUUUUUUUAAAUUUAUAGAAAAUCUUUCUCUGAGGGAAGCUGAGAGAUGGUCCUUAAUUUGCUGUGGCUCCUUUUUUCAUUUCUUUGCCUGUCUUUCCUCUUUUGUCAUAGUCUUGACAAAAAGCUUUCCUCCUCCCUCACUUUAACAAGUAUGUUGCCUGCAUUUCAGCUACAGGUGUGCAAUUUCUCUUGCCUUUCAGGCACUGAAUGCUGGCAUUCAGAUUCCUAAACCCCACCAAAAUAUUGCCUUCUCUAGCACGCGGAUCCCCCUCCACUGAAGCCCGCACUACUGUAUGGAGUGAGAAGUUCCAUAAAUCCUUUCUGCAUGGGUUUUAAAUUGGAAGUAAGAAACCCACCAGCCCUUGUGUGAAACAGACAAGUCAAUUCUCUUCUUCCCCAGUUUUGUCACCUCCAUAUUAGAAAGAACAGUGGAUAGCAGCAAAGAGUGAAUGUUCUUGUACUGGAAUAUCAUGCAGCAACCUGCACAGAUUAAUUUCAUGCCCUGUGCAACAGUAAAGCAGCCCUCCCUUCCCCUGUAUACCCUUCCAUUCCUGUGCUUACUAGCAGAGCGUUCACUGAGAAACCAAGCUUAAGAAUGUAAUUAUAGCAAGGCUGAGUUGGACAUGAAUCAUUUACCACAACCAGUGCAAUUAUUUCUCCAGUAUUUUUACUUCACGCCUUUUUCUAUGGCCUGUUUUGCUACAUUAUGGAACUUGUGGGUUACACGAGCAUAUCAGUCCUUCCAGGCCUCCUAUUUUAGGAUACUGGGUAGACUUGUUGUACAUGAUUCAUUCUGGUAUUAACCAAAUAAAGGGAAACAAAUUCUGGUGUCUUUUUGCCUUCCAAAGCUCUGCAUAACCUGAAAAGUGCCAUUAGGUAACUACUCUUUUUCAUUUUUUAUAGUGACUUUUUUUUAUUAUUCUUGCCAAGAAGCACACAGAAACUGUUUUCUUUGAGAUGCCCCAAAGUGCUCUGAGUCUCUGGGAGAAGCAGCUGUGGGUGGUAUGGGAGGCAGCAUGAUCACAGUCUGUGUUACAGCGGCCUUUGGAAGGAAGGAUUUUGCUGGGUAUUUAACAUUUGGACUGACUCACCUGACAGCACUGAAGAAAGCACAGCACAAGCUUGGUGUGCCCCAGCUUGCAAGGGGACAGAUGGGUCACGGCUGGAUUGCUUUUCUGUUCCCCCCAGCUCCUGUAGGCUGGGAGAAGGGAGGGAAGUUUUCUGCCCCCUCCAGCAGCUCUGUCUCUGCACCUGUACCCCAAAGACAGACCUUCUCUGAAGCACAUCAUGGUAGUAGUGAUAGUAAUAAUAAUAAUAAAAACACUAGUGAGAGUGCCAUGGUUGCCAGUAAACACACCUUAUAUCUUAUCCCUUAAUUCUGGUGCCACUUUGCAGAGGUGGUUGGCAAGUUAGAGAGUAGCAGUUUGUAAAUACCUUUAGAUAGUGUGUUUUAACAUGACCAACACCAUAUCUUGACUGUGUAAAAAAUACAUUGUGUGUAAUAAUAUCCAGAUAAGGUUAUAAUGUAAAUAUAGCUACAAUGAAUGUCCAAUUACUCUUCAAGCUCUAUGUAUGAGGAAAAACCUCAUGUCUUCUUGAGACUUUUUUUUUAACUUAAGGGUAUGGAAAACCUGUUACUCAUUUGUAUAAAUAAACCAACUGCAUUCUUUUCUUCAAAAGAAAAUACUCUGCAAGAGAGAAGGGAAUGCAUUAUAUGUAUGUGAUAUCCAAAUUCAUAUGGUAAAAGUGGGAACUGAGGAUCUUACAAGUCGGGGACUGGUCAAAUUCUUGAUGCCGUACAUUUGAUCUCAUAUAAAUAAGAUAAGCACAAGUUUAUGGUUAGCUGAGUAAAGCUGACCCACUUGAUUAUAUACAUUAUAGAUAUAUAUUUAUAUAUGCUGUAUCGAUGUAUACACAUUAUACACAACAUUCAUACAGUGAAAGCAAGGUCUGACAAAGUCAUAUUAACUGGGAAUUUGGAUGUAGUGUUGUGCUCCAUUUGGAAGAAAAACAUCUGUGUUAUUCAGCAACAUUCAAAUAUAUUAUGCAGGAUGAAGGAAGGUGUUUCACCAAAACAACUCAUGAAGGACUGAGGCAAUGAGGGUUUGAAAUAUCCAGAAGACAAUUAAAAUUACAUGCAAUAUAUGUGUAUGUACUUCUGCUGAGUUGUAUUCCUAGUUAAAGCAUUGCAUUAAACAGCAAAUUAUAAUAAAAAUGUUUUUGUAUGUGG